AGUGGUUGAGUUUGCUUUUUUUUUUUUUUUUUUUUUUUUUUUUUUUUUGUCCGUGGACGCUCCCCCGCGUAGCCAAGGCUCCCGGGUGAGACAGAUGCAGGAUACCGAGGCCUCAUCAAUUCCAGCCACGGUUUUUGCUAUGCCUUUGAGCUGUGAGUUCAUCAAAUAACUAAAUGGAGUCUGAGCAGCUGUUCCAUAGAGGCUACUAUCGAAACAGCUACAACAGUAUAACAAGUGCAAGUAGUGACGAGGAACUUUUAGAUGGAGCAGGUGUUAUUAUGGACUUCCAGACCUCUGAAGAUGACAAUUUGUUAGAUGGUGAUGCCUCAAUUGGAACACAUUAUACAAUGACAAAUGGAGGAAGCAUCAACAGUUCAACACACUUACUGGAUCUUCUUGAUGAACCCAUUCCAGGUGUUGGUACAUAUGAUGACUUCCACACCAUUGAUUGGGUUAGAGAAAAAUGUAAAGACAGAGAAAGGCACAGACGGAUCAACAGCAAAAAGAAAGAAUCAGCAUGGGAAAUGACAAAAAGUUUGUAUGAUGCUUGGUCAGGAUGGCUAGUAGUAACACUAACGGGAUUGGCAUCAGGAGCAUUGGCCGGAUUAAUAGAUAUUGCUGCUGACUGGAUGACUGACCUAAAAGAAGGAAUUUGCCUUAGUGCAUUGUGGUACAACCAUGAGCAAUGUUGUUGGGGAUCAAAUGAAACAACAUUUGAAGAGAGAGACAAAUGUCCACAGUGGAAAACAUGGGCAGAGUUAAUCAUUGGUCAAGCAGAGGGUCCAGGUUCUUACAUAAUGAACUACAUAAUGUACAUUUUCUGGGCUCUGAGUUUUGCAUUUCUAGCUGUUUCUCUGGUGAAGGUAUUUGCUCCAUAUGCCUGUGGCUCUGGAAUUCCAGAGAUUAAAACAAUUUUAAGUGGAUUCAUCAUUAGAGGCUACUUGGGAAAAUGGACUUUAAUGAUUAAAACCAUUACAUUAGUCCUGGCAGUAGCAUCAGGUUUGAGUUUAGGGAAAGAAGGCCCUCUGGUUCAUGUUGCCUGUUGCUGUGGAAACAUUUUUUCCUACCUCUUUCCAAAGUACAGCACAAAUGAAGCUAAAAAAAGGGAGGUGCUGUCAGCUGCCUCAGCAGCAGGAGUAUCUGUAGCUUUUGGUGCCCCAAUUGGUGGAGUUCUUUUUAGUCUGGAGGAGGUUAGUUAUUAUUUUCCUCUGAAAACUUUAUGGAGGUCCUUUUUUGCUGCUUUAGUGGCUGCUUUUGUUUUGAGAUCCAUCAAUCCUUUUGGAAAUAGCCGCCUGGUCCUUUUUUAUGUGGAAUAUCAUACUCCAUGGUACCUUUUUGAACUGUUUCCUUUCAUUCUCCUAGGGGUUUUUGGAGGCCUCUGGGGAGCGUUUUUCAUUCGGGCAAAUAUUGCCUGGUGCCGUCGGCGCAAAUCCACAAAGUUUGGGAAAUACCCUGUUUUAGAAGUCAUCAUAGUUGCAGCUAUUACAGCUGUGAUAGCCUUUCCAAACCCAUAUACAAGGCUUAAUACCAGUGAACUGAUUAAAGAGCUUUUUACAGACUGUGGACCUCUGGAAUCCUCUUCCCUCUGUGACUACAGAAAUGAUAUGAAUGCCAGUAAAAUUGUGGAUGAUAUUCCUGACCGUCCAGCAGGCAUAGGAGUAUAUUCAGCCAUAUGGCAACUGUGCUUAGCACUCAUAUUUAAAAUCAUAAUGACUGUCUUCACCUUUGGUAUCAAGGUUCCUUCUGGCUUGUUCAUUCCCAGUAUGGCAAUUGGAGCCAUCGCAGGGAGAAUUGUGGGAAUUGCUGUGGAGCAACUAGCUUACUAUCAUCACGACUGGUUUAUCUUUAAAGAAUGGUGUGGAGUUGGAGCUGAUUGUAUUACCCCAGGCCUUUAUGCCAUGGUGGGCGCUGCUGCAUGCUUAGGUGGUGUGACAAGAAUGACCGUAUCUCUGGUGGUUAUUGUUUUUGAGCUUACUGGUGGCCUGGAAUAUAUUGUGCCCCUCAUGGCUGCAGUAAUGACCAGUAAAUGGGUAGGUGAUGCCUUUGGUAGGGAAGGCAUUUAUGAAGCACACAUCCGAUUGAAUGGAUAUCCUUUCUUGGAUGCGAAGGAAGAAUUCACCCACACAACACUAGCAGCUGAUGUCAUGAGACCUCGAAGAAGUGAUCCACCUCUUGCUGUCCUGACACAAGAUAACAUGACAGUGGAUGACAUAGAAAAUAUGAUCAACGAGACCAGCUAUAAUGGUUUUCCUGUCAUAAUGUCAAAAGAAUCUCAGAGACUAGUGGGAUUUGCCCUCAGAAGGGACUUGACUAUUGCAAUAGAAAGUGCCAGGAAAAAGCAAGAAGGUAUUGUUGGCAGCUCCCGUGUUUGUUUUGCCCAGCAUACCCCAUCUCUUCCAGCAGAAAGUCCUCGGCCCCUGAAACUACGAAGCAUUCUAGACAUGAGCCCAUUCACCGUAACUGACCACACCCCCAUGGAGAUUGUGGUGGAUAUUUUCCGCAAGCUGGGUCUGAGGCAGUGCCUUGUAACACACAAUGGGAUUGUCUUGGGGAUCAUCACAAAGAAGAAUAUAUUAGAGCAUCUCGAGCAACUAAAGCAGCACAUCGAACCCUUGGCGCCUCCUUGGUAUUAUAACAAAAAAAGAUAUCCUCCGUCAUAUGGCCCAGAUGGCAAACCAAGACCCCGCUUCAAUAAUGUUCAACUGAAUCCCAUAGCUGAGGAGAGAGAGCAAAUGGAAGAAGAAGUUCAUUUGUUGAAUAGCACAGUGCUUUAAUCUGAGGGAAUCUGCGGCAUUUUUCUUUUUUUUCGAAACCAGGCAGUGUGUGAGGAGCCAGGCUUUGGCAACACAGUUUGCAAACCAUACUGCUGGGAUUAGGAGUUGGUUUGGGGAGGGAGAGCAGAGAGAGAAAAGAGAAUCACGUUUUCACCGUCCAACAAGGAGCAACAGCCCAUCGACUCGAAUCGUUCUGCACUGGAUGCGUUCUAUGUCCGAUCUGCCAUGAUAGUGCAGCAUCAGCGGAGCAGGAGGGAGCUCUCCACCACCUAGCCUGGAACUCUAGAAUUGAAAAGACAUGUUCCUAGUCCCUGUUUCUGGAGGGAUCACUUUGAAUUGAGCCAUCUUUGAGACUGCAAUGUCUUCCCCUUGCACCCUUCCCCUUUUUUAACCAUUGAACUGUUGUGUUUAACUCCUGAAAUGUAUAGUUGUUGAAAUGCAUCACCUUUCUACAUUCCAGAAGAUGUUGAUUUCUCUCUCUCCUGAGCUCUGUAACAAAGCCUCUUUAAAAUUGGUGUGCCCUUUUGAAGCACUCCUUUCUCAUAUUGAGAUGUACUGUGAUUUUACUGAGGUUUCAUCACAAGAAGGGAGUGUUUCUUGUGCCAUUAAACAUGUAGUUUGUACAUCCUCAUAUGCUUGGAGCAGUACAGACACUGACAAAAGCUGAUCAAACAGGCAUAACCUUGAAUGAAGCAUGUAUGAAAUUUGGUAUGCUGUAAUUUCAAACAAUUUAACAAAAGCAAAUGACUUUCAAGGUUAACUAGAAUUUUUUUUGGGGGGGGGCUCAGACUUCAUGGAUAAUGUGACCUGGUCUUAUGCAAACCUUUUGUAUUAUUGAUAAUACUCUGAUAUACUCUAAUACCAAUGCUGUGCAGCAUUAGGAAGAAAUAUUGCUGCUCAGAUCGUAAAGAGAAGGAAUUAUUCUGUAUAGCUGUAUCUGGUAUUAAUAAGUGCAUGCUACAAACACUGGACUUUUUUUUCUUGAAAUUAGAUCAGUCAUUUUUUCUUUUCCUCAGAAACAAUGGAAGAUGUUCCAUUGCUGAUACUGAAGAAGAAAAUGUAAUUCAUAACUUGCACUAAAUGUAUAUUUUUUUCUUAAAAUUUUACCAUUCUUAUUUAUAUUUUUAUGGAUUAAAAUUUAUUAAAUACUGAUCAGUUAAUAUCUCACUUAAAUAAUUUUACCUUUUUAAUGUGAUUUUUAUAGACUAAUUCAGACUCCUUUACAAAUAUGGAGGAAUGAACAAAAGUUUACAUUGGGAGUGAGGGUUUAAGAAGAGAUUGUGGUUAUUUUACUUUAUGAUCUAAUAAUAUAUGCAUAUUGGCUUUGUCUCUCCUAACUUUCACUGCCAUCACCUGGAAAUCUUUUCUGGUCUGUUCCCUUCUGAAAAGUGAUACUUUAACUGGAAAGCUGCAAAUGAUGCAAAACAUUUUUUACAUACCGACAAAGACAUGCUUGCAGACCAUUGACCAGUAUUUUAUUUUAUGGUCCCCUGGAUUUGUAAUAGCAAACAUUUUAGCUAAGACUCUUUAGGAAUGAGUGAAACUGUUACUUACAGCAUUGGAUAGAAUUUACAGUUUCCCAUAUCAUAUUCUUUGGCAGGAUGGAUGAGCAAAAAAAAAAAAAACAACAGUGGGAUGGGUGGGGAAUCCCCAAAAUAUAUGCCUUAAUCGUGGGAUAAAAUACGAGGAAAGACAACACGCAAAAAGUUAACUCACCGCCAUGGGAUUGACUCAGCUGUAUUAUGCUGAUGUGUUUUCAUUGAGGAAAUGAAAAAUCCGUCACAGAUAUUCAGAUAUAUCCAAAGCCUGGAGGGGUAAUUAGUCCAGUUCACAGGCCUAGGAAUAGGCCUUUAUUUUCUUUAAUAGUAACCUACUUAGGAGACAAUGAAGCCAUAGCAAGGAAUUGUUAGCUUUCUUAUUUGAUGCAAAUGAUUUCCCUCUAGUUGCUUUUAAACCCAUGGUGGCAUGCCUGCUGUUGUUCAGAGAUAACCCCUUUGUGGCUCUUUUGGACCUCUAUAGUCAGCAGAACUGUUUCUGACUCAGUUUUGCACAUUUCUAACCUUUUAAAAGUUAAUAGACAUUACCACACUGGACUGUCUGUCUGUGCUCUAUCCAGCAUGGGUUUCUUUGGACGGCUGCCCAUCUUUAAAAAAUUUCAGGAAACACCAAUUCUUGGCACGUCAUGAUUAAACAUGAACCUAAACUUGACAUCCAUUUCAUUUUCCAGGUUCUUUUCUGGUUUUUGCACCUCCCCCCCCCCCAAGUCUUCAUCAGCACCCUCUCAUAAUCUGAUAAUUCAGGAUGAUUCUGUACAUUAAUU